CGUCUGCUCCGCCCGCCCGGCCCGGGACCCCCGGGACCGCCCGGGACCCGCCGGCAUCCGCCGGGAGCCACCGGGAACCGUCCGGAACCCACCGGGAACCGCCGGGAACCCGCCGAGACCCCCCGCGACCCCCGAGCCAGGAUGGACCGCAUGACGGAGGACGCGCUGCGCCUGAACCUGCUCAAGCGGAGCCUGGAGCCGGCCGAGGAGCGCGAGGACGUGCUGGCCAAGAGGCUGAAGAUGGAGGGCCACGAGGCCAUGGAGAGGCUGAAGAUGCUGGCGCUGCUCAAGCGCAAGGACCUGGCGGGGCUGGAGGUGCCCCACGAGCUGCCCGUGAAGCCGGACGGGAUCAAGGGCUACGAGGAGAAGCUCAACGGGAGCCUGAGGCCCCACGGCGACGGGCGCGGCGCGGCCCGGCCGGGCAAGGAGAACAUCAACGACGAGCCCGUGGACAUGAGCGCCAGGAGGAGUGACCAGGAGCGGGGCAGGCUGACGCCGUCCCCGGACAUCAUCGUCCUGUCGGACAACGAGGCCUCCAGCCCCCGCUCCAGCUCCCGCAUGGAGGAGCGGCUCAAGGCGGCCAACCUGGAGAUGUUCAAGGGGAAGAGCCUGGAGGAGAGGCAGCAGCUGAUCAAGCAGCUCCGGGACGAGCUGCGGCUGGAGGAGGCCCGGCUGGUGCUCCUCAAGAAGCUGCGGCAGAGCCAGCUCCAGAAGGAGAACGUGGUGCAGAAGACCCCCGUUGUCCAGAACGCCGCGUCCAUCGUGCAGCCGUCGCCCGCCCACGUGGGACAGCAGGGCCUGUCCAAGAUCCCCACCCGGCCCGGGGCUCAGGGCGUGGAGCCACAGAAUUUAAGGACAUUACAGGGCCACAGCGUGAUCCGCUCGGCCGCCAGCUCAGCCCUGCCCCACAUGCUGAUGUCCCAGCGCGUCAUCGCCCCCAGCCCCGCGCAGCUCCAGGGCCAGCGCGGGCCCCAGAAACCCGGCCUGGUGCGCAGCUCCACGCCCGGCAUGAGCCCCGCCAUCAACUACCAGCCGCAGUCGGGCUCGUCGGUGCCGUGCCAGCGCUCGUCCUCCUCCGCCAUCUACAUGAACCUCGCGUCGCACAUGCAGCCGGGCUCGGUGGCCCGCGUGUCGUCCCCGCUCCCCAGCCCCAGCGCGCUCUCGGACGCCGCCAACUCGCAGGCCGCGGCCAAGCUGGCGCUGCGCAAGCAGCUGGAGAAGACGCUGCUGGAGAUCCCUCCCCCGAAGCCGCCGGCGCCGCUGCUGCACUUCCUGCCCAGCGCCGCCAACAGCGAGUUCAUCUACAUGGUGGGGCUGGAGGAGGUGGUGCAGAGCGUCAUCGACAGCCAAGGGAAGAGCGCCCCGGCGGUGCCGCGCGUGGAGCCGUUCGUGUGCGCGCAGUGCCGCACCGACUUCACGCCGCACUGGAAGCAGGAGAAGGGCGGGCGCAUCCUGUGCGAGCAGUGCCAGACCUCCAACCAGAAGAAGGCGCUCAAGGCCGAGCACACGAAUCGCCUCAAGAACGCCUUCGUCAAGGCCCUGCAGCAGGAGCAGGAGAUCGAGCAGCGGCUGCAGCAGCAGGCUGCCCUGUCCCCCACGGCCGCGCCCGCCGUGCCCAGCGUGGGCAAACAGGACGGGAUCCUGCGGCACCACACGCUCCGGCAGGCCCCGCAGCCCCAGAGCAGCCUCCAGCGCGGCAUCCCCACCUCCGCCCGCUCCAUGCUCUCCAACUUCGCCCAGGCCCCGCAGCUCUCGGUGGCCGGGGGGCUCCUGGGAAUGCCAGGGGUGAACAUCGCGUACCUGAACGCCGGCAUCGGGGGCCACAAAGCGUCGAGCCUGGCGGACCGGCAGCGGGAGUACCUGCUGGAUAUGAUCCCGCCGCGCUCCAUAUCGCAGUCCAUCAGCGGGCAGAAAUAGCCCCGGAUCCCCGCAGCCCCGACCGGGCCGGGCUGAACCAGGCCAAACCGGGCUGGGCUGAGCCGGGCUGAGCCGGGCUGGGCUGAACCGGGCUGAACCAGGCCAAACCGGGCUGGGCUGAACCGGGCUGACCUGAACCAGGCCGGGCGCCGCCGCCGCCGCCGCCUCCCGGGGACAACGCAACAGAUCAGACCGAGAACCGCAGAGAAACAAACAGCGAAAACAACACAAAAACAGCGACCCAGACGCAAGAAACAUUUCAGAGGCGCCUGCCCCCGGUGCUCCCAGCCCGAACUGCCCCCGGUUCCCCGGCCGGAGCAGCCCCGGCCCCGCCGCUCGUUUUGUAACGCCGCCGCUUCCCCCUUGUGUUGUGGGUUUGUUUUUUGCCCCUUUUUUCCUUAUUUUCGCCCCCCCUCCCUUGGCUCCAUGGAUGGUUAAAGCUUUUUUCUCCCUUUUUCCAGAGACUUUGGCAAGGGCACCUUCCCCAUUUCCCCGGGGGAGAUUUUGGGGGGCGGCCUGUGCUGGUUUGGGGGGGAUGCUCUGAUCCCAUAGAGGGGGGGGGACAAAUCCCUGUUGGAUGUGAUCCCAGGGGUGUCACCUCCCCCUGUCCCCAAUCCUGGGGUGUCACCUCCCCAGAACACCCCAACCCCAAUCCCUCGGCUCCAGCCCCAAUCCCAAUGUCCCCAGGGGUGACAACGCUGCCAGAGCCACCCCAGGAACCCCUCGGGGGUCCCUCAAUGUCCCCUCGAGGUGACCAGACCCCCCCCCAGGUGCCACCCCCCGGGGGUGUCCCCUCUGUCCCCACGUUGGGGACGCGGCGGCUCCGGAGCGGACGGCGCGGCCAGGGCGGGUGAGUGACCCCUGACCUGUCCUGAACUGUCCCCACAUCUGUCCCCGAGCCCUGCAUGCUCCAGAGCCGCUCUCACCCCUCCCUGGCUCCUCUGUCACCCGGGGGUGGCACCGGGGUCACCGAUGGCACCUGUGUCACCAAUGGCACCUGUGUCACCAAUGGCACCCGUGUCACCAAUGGCACCUGUGUCACCAGCGUGUCCCCCAAGGGACAGCAAGGGGGUCCCUCUGUGCCACCCCGGGGUCCCCGUGUGCCACCCUGGGGGUGACAGCGGUGGCACUGAUAGUGGGGAGGGGUCUCUGGUGUCCCCCUGUCCCCGGGGGUGGCACUGGGGGGGUCUCGGUGUCCCCUGGGGGUGUCGGGGAGGGCCCAAAGCGAGGAAUGAGCCGCGAGAAAAAUCUCGAUUUGCACUUCAGCCCUGCCGAGCUCCCCCGCCCCGAGUUCCCGUGGGUUUGGUGAAUUUUGGUCACAAUUCCCCUUUUUCCCUGACUCUGAGCCUCUCCCGCUCCUCUCGUGCAAUUCCCCCAGUUGGGGGGGUCCCAAAUCCCCCAAAAUCCCCCCAAAAUCCCCCCGACCCCAAAACCAGGGGGACCCAACCCCUGAUUUAAAGGGAGGGGACCCCCCCCCAUAUAUUUUAGGGGGGACCCCACCCCACCCUGAAUUAGAGGAGGGGUCCCCCCCUCUCCAGCCCCCUCCCCACAUUCAAUGAGCACUUACCCUGGGGGGGGUUGGACCCCCCAAAAUCCCCCCGGGACCCCCCAGAGGCAAAGGAAAAAUGGGGUUUAUUCUGAUUUUUGGGGGGGUUUUAAUGGGGUUUUAUAUUCAGAAUUUUGGGGUGUUUCUGUUGGCUUUGAUCAUUUCCAGCUGCUCCCCCCCCCAUUUUCCCAUUUUUUCCUUUUCCCAUUUUCCCCCAAUUUUCCAUUUCCCUCCCCAGAUUUCUCACCCCGGGAGCACUUUGACAAAUGGGGUUUUUGGGGCUAAAACCUGAAUUUUUGGGUUAUUUUAGGGAUUUCUGUUACUUUUUAAGGGGGGGGGUGUCAUUCCCUCUCCACCCCCCAAGUGCCACUGCCCCCCCCACCCAGGGCUGAGGAAAACAAAUUUAAAAAACCCUAAAAAAAGGGAUUUUCACCCUUAAAAAUGGUGAAAACCUGGAAAAAAAUCCCAAACCCAAGUGCAAUACGGGGGGGGGGUCCCAACUCUUGGUGCUAUAAAUGACAUUUGGGGGGGGGGGCAACCCUGUCACCCCCCCCUUGGGGGUCUCAGCCCCGGGGGCUGCGGGCAGUUCCCCCCUCCCCAGAAAUGAUCCUGGGCCGUUCCCACCCCCCAAAAUCGACCCCAAAUCCCUUUUGGGGGGUCCUGGGCAGUUCCCACCCCCCAAAAUCGACCCCAAAUCCCAAAAGUGAUUCCCAGGAUUGGGGAGGGGGGGAAAUUCCCAACCCCAAAAUGGCCCCAAAUCCUUUCCUGGGCUCCUGAGCAUUUCCCACCCCCCCAAAAAUGAACCCCCCCAACCCCAGAACUGCCCCCAAACCCCUCCUGGGAUCCCAGGCAGUUCCCCCACCCCAAUCCCGGAAUUCCAGGGGGGGAAUUUGGAUCCAUGUCCAGCCCCCUCCCCACCACCCCCCCCCCCAGCAUAGGUUUAUCCCUAUUUUUAUUAUUAUUAUUAUUAUAAUUAUUAUUAUUUUUGGCUUGCCCCCCUUUCCCCCCCCGUCCUGCUGCCCCCAGGGCUGUGAUAUCCCAGAAAAUUCCCUUUUUUUAUUCCCCCCUUCCCCUCCCAGCUCCAAACUUUUGAGGAUUUUUCCCGCUUUUUUUCCGGCUAGGGGUAGAUCCGCUUGUGAAAACGCUUUUUUGGGGUUUCUGUUUUGGGGGAGGGGGGGUUUGUUUUUAUUUUUUUUGGUUCCUCCAAAGGCAUUUCCCAUUUCCCAAACCCCGAAUUCCCACCCCGAAUUCCCCCAAUCCCAGCCCCCCGUUUGCUUCCGCUCUCGCUGCCGAUAUAACCAGGACUCAUCCGUGUAUAUAAAACUUGAGCUGUUUCUUGACACAUUAAAAAAAAAAAGGCAAAAAAAGGCAAAAAA